ACGAUCAACAAGAGGCGCGAGGCGUCAGAGAGCCCGGGGAGGCGCCGUCUCCACAGCGUGCCAGAGGACGAGGUCAGCGACCCGGAGGGCACCAGUCCCUGGGAGAAGCUCGGCGCAGAGGCCUCCGCGACGGACGAGGAGCAGGACGAUUACAUGGCGAUGCAGAUCGCGGAGAUGCUACAGGCAGAGGAGAUGACGGAGCACGAGAAGGACCUGUUCCUGGCCGGCCAGCUUCGUCUCGGCCCGGCGAGCGCUCGGUGGCGUUCGAUGUUCCUGAAGCUGAUGGGCUCGGUGACGGCGACGGAGAACAUGCGCUCGGUUUCAGGCAUGGUCCCUCACCUCCUGCAGCGCGGCGAGGCGAAUCCAGAGGAGUGCCCGCGCCCGCCGUGGGCCCAGUGGUCAGGGGCGAAUGCGCACGCCGCUUACACGUACUGCCGCAGGUGCGACACACGCAUCGCCUACCACAAGAAGACGCCCGAGGAGAAGCUCGAGGCUGCCAAGAAGAAGCUGGUGAAGGCAAAGGCGGCGCAGACACGCCGGGAGGUGAAGCAGAUAGUGGCCAAGGAGCUCGAGGAGUACGCGCAGGCUCUCGAGGGGACGGGCGAGACAGACCCGUGGACGCCGCAGCCUACGCAGGUGAAGAAGCGUCUCGACCCAGUGAGCGAGCAACUCUGGCUUCACGAGAGCCGGGGCCGCGAGAUCGUGGGGGUCAAGGCGGAAGUCCCGACGGUCAAGGAGACGGCCGUGCCGAUGGCCCUCUACGUGAAUGCGGCCGAGGGCUACGUUCCCGUGAAGCACCCCCCUCCGGCGAAGGCGCAGAGCGUGCCGGCCAAGGCGCCGCCGGGGACAAGGCCGAUGACGACGGCCGAGAUGAUGCGGGCCCUCGCGGACAUGACGGUGGUGAUCGAGCAGCAGCGCGCGCAGAACGAGAGGGUCUACCAGAGGGUAUCCGAGGUGAUGCGCCAACCGCGCCAGGGCCUGAGCGACGAGGAGAUGAUGAGGAUCGCGAUGAUGAUGUCCCGGAUGCAGCAGCAGGCCUCUUCGGCGCCGUCGUCCCCGGGCGCGUCGGGAUCACAGGAGCCGGCCUGA